AUGGGCCAAGGACGAGGUGGUCACUCUCAGUGGACCAAGCCCAAUUCAGUCUCUCCCAACCGAGCUGCUUAUCCACGUGAGGACUUCCGUAUUGUCCCACGCCUGACACAUUUAGAUCUUUCAACAUUUGCCGGACAGCCGCGACCUGGUGUCGGCCAUGUUGGUCUCGAAGUCCUGUUUGCGGCUUUUGCUCGUGUGUUGUCCAUGACCAAGACCCUCCUUCCCUACUCGACGAUCGUGCGGCGCCUCGUGCUCAAUGGGUUUUCAAACCACCUUACCGACGAGCUCUUUGCCCAUGUUUCCAUUUGUCGAAACCUUGAACGCCUCACUAUACCUUCCGCGGUCAAUCUUACGUCCCGGUCUCUCAAGAAUGUGUUUGGCAAGUUGCACGAACUCGUUGCAAUUGAUUUGAGCGGCGUGGAAGCUGUGGACGACGCAGUUUUGCACGUCAUCAUCAACAACUGCCCGCCGCUACAAGGCCUAAGCUUGUGCCAGUGCCCCAAGAUUACCGACGAGGGGAUAUUGGCCGUCGCCUCAAAGCUACAAGGCUUACGCAGGAUCAAGCUUGACGAUUGCAAGUCCCUAACGGAUCGUUCAAUCGUGGCCUUGACAAGGGGCUGCCCGCUGCUCAUGGAGUUCGCCCUGGCACGGAUGCCCCAGCUGUCAAACGACACCACCACGGCAAUUUUCUUCAACUUGAGGGCCCUUCGGGAUUUGCGCAUGCCUGACAACGAACUCAUUUCCGCCAUCCCGCACUUGUUCUCGUUUGCGUGGCUUAACGAGACCCAGGUGCUCAAAGCAGUCGGCGCUUAUCCCUGGUACCUCACUGGUACGCCUCGCCCCAAGGCCAUGGCUCGUCAAUGCCCUCGCCCACCCAACCUUGACAUGGCGUUAGUUCGUCCUGUUACCACCUCGUUUGAUCACCUGCGCGUAGUAGAUUUUAACAGCUGCAAAGGUCUUAACGACCAGGCUGUUGACAAUCUCAUCGACAACGCCCGCCAAUUGCGCUCCAUUACCCUCACCAAAUGUGUCAAGCUUACGGAUGCGACGGUUGAAAACUGCUCGUUGUUGACCGACGUGAGCGUUGUCGCUCUGGCGUCCAACCUCCCCAAGCUCCGUCGUGUUGGCCUCGUCAAGGUUACCAAUAUUACGGAUAAAGGCAUCCAGGCGCUCGCUGAACGCUAUUCAACGAUGGAACGCCUUCAUCUGUCGUACUGUGACAAAGUGUCGGUCAAGACUGUCGCCUUUCUGCUCAACAGGCUGCCUCUUUUGACGCAUCUGAGUGUCACGGGCAUCAGCGUAUUCAGGACAGCCGAGUUGCAACAGUUUUCCCGCGAGCCGCCCGACAGUUUUAACUUACACCAGCGCGAAACGUUCUGCGUCUAUUCGGGCCAAGGUGUGGCUGCCUUGCGCAGCUACUUGAACUCGCAGAUGACCGAGUCUGCAUCUGAAGGCUCCUCGACGCGCCGCGGAUCCGAGUCAUCUACAUCAUCCUCGGCACCUGUCGCCUACCGUGGAGGUCUGGAUGAGUUGGCCGUGACCUUCCAAGCAGCGACCCCAGGCUGGGAGCAGUCGUCGUCCAGGGCUCUCGACUCGGUUGUCGACGUUGCUGGCAACCAAUCCAGCGAAGCUGGAGCUUCAGAGCCUCGUUCUGCUGGUGGCGCGCCAUUAAACCCCGACUUGUCAUUCCUCUCGCUGUCCGAGGCAGCAUCUCAUCCUGAUAACACGGGCUCAACUCGCGGACGACCUACUCGUUCCGAAUCGACCCGUCUUGUGUGA